CCUCUUUCUUUCCACCUAUUUUCUUUUUAUCCAUCCGCCCAUCAAGGUCGAACAAAAUAUGAUUGAUUUUACAAAAAUAACAAAUACAUCUGCGACUGCAAGUCUAUCUGAAAAAAGACAAAUCAUCUUGGCUGCCGCCGCCGUUGUAGCAACUAGUCUUGGUGUACUUUACUUGUCUUCUUCAAAGAAGGCUGUAGAUACACGUCGUGGAUACAGAGAAAUACCUACUCCUGGAUCGCAAUGGCCUGUUUUCGGACAUCUUCUUUCUCUUGGAAAACUUCCUGGAAAUACCGCGGCAAAAUGGAGCAAAGAACUUGGCUCUAUUUUUCAAUUAAAAAUGGGUGUACAAACUUGGAUCAUGUUAUCCGAUCCUGUUCUUGCUCAAGAGAUCUUCAUGACUCAUGGUAUUGCGGCAUCUGAUCGACCUCCUCAUACAUUCCAUACUUAUUACAGUCUUGGUGGAAGAGGUGUUGCGUGCUCAAAUGCUGAUAAACGGUGGAAGCGAGCGAGAACUGCUGCUUUAUCUGUUCUAGCAUCACAACGUGUUAAUCAAUUUACAGAUGUCCUCUUGUAUGAAGCCGAUACCGUGGUGGAACGACUUCUCUCUCAAAGUCAACUUGAUGGUCAGGUAGAUCCUGCUCCCUAUUUACAAAACGCUGCUAUGAAUUUUAUUUUGACAACCUGUUUUGCAACUCGUAUCGACUCUGUGGAGGAUCAGCAAUUUAAGGAUAUCAUGUCAUACAUACAUGCGGCAAUGAAAAUGGCUGGUGCUGAAGGGGAUCUUGGUCAAUUUGUGCCUAUUGUAUCUGCAAUGGAUGUACUUGUGGGCAAGAAACGAGAAUACAAUGAUUUUAUUACCAAUGUACGUAAUCCACUUUUUACUCGAUUGAUUGAUGAAGCUACUUCAAGUGACAAAGACUCAAUGGUCAAGACUUUCUUGGCUCUCAAAGAAGAACAAGGUUUGGAUGACAGUGAUAUCCUUGUGAUUUUAUCUGAUCUUCUUGGUGGUGGUACUGAUACUAGCUCCGUUUCAUUAUCUUGGAUGAUCGUCAUUUUAUCCCAUCAUCAUGAUGUUCAAAAGAAAAUACAAGCAGAACUCGAUGCCUUUAUUCAAACCCAUGGACGCCUCCCUACCUUUGAAGAACGAGAACAAAUCCCUUACACCAUUGCUGUACAAAAGGAAUGUCUGCGUUACAGAUCCACCACUCCUUUUGGUGUACCCCACAUAUCUAAUCAUGACUUGGUGGUUCGUGAUUAUUUUUUCCCCAAAGGCACUGUAUUGGUGAGCAACAUGAUUGGCAUGCAUAUGAAUCCUGACGUCUACCCUGAUCCAGAAACUUUCAAGCCUGAACGCUUUUUGAACAACACUCGAACAAUGUCAUCUUCGGCAAAUGGCAAUGUCAAUCAACGUGACCUUUUCAUCUUCGGCUGGGGAAGACGUAUUUGCCCUGGUAUUUAUUUGGCAGAGGUAGAGAUGUUCCAUAUCUUCGUUCGGAUCUUCGCAAACGCAAGUAUUGCACCUCCUUUGGAUGGUGAUGGUAAAGAAGUACCUAUUGAUAUGGAUGCUGCUUUGGAUGCUGGUCUUGUGACUUUACCCCAACCUUAUCAAGUUAGAUUUAUUCCUCGUGUUGAUUCCCCUUUGAAAUAGAGUCUUAUUAUUCAAUUCAUAUAUGAAAUAAAAAAUCGAUCCUUUUUAUUACCCUAUAUUA